ACCCCCGGCAAACCAUGGUUUCAAUUAUGGAUAUCCAGCCCAAAAGACAAAUCUGUGAUACCCGAGCAACACUGUCGCAAAGUGCUGUCAGUCAGAAAUCGAUCGAUCUGGAAAUCCCGAUCCCCCUCAAAUCGCCAACCUCACCGACCUCACCGACCUCGGCAGAGCAGCAAAGCCCACCGUCCCCGGGCCACAUCGAUACCGAGCUGGCCAAGCGCACUAUGAAACUGGAUCUGGUUGCAACGGAACAGCAACAGCACCAGUCCCAAAGUUUCAGUCCAACCGGAGGCGGAGGCGCGGCCAGUAGCAGUGGUAUUGCUAGUGCUAGUGCUAGCACCACAACGAUCACCACAACCGCCACCACACAUUCCUCGACGUCGACGGCGAAUUCGGCUGCCACGACCACUACCGCCGCGAUCCUGAUGAAGCACCGGAAGCUGAAGGAGCGUACCUUCAGUGAUGAGCUGGGGUCGCCCAAGUCGCCGGCUGCGGCGAUAGGUCGGGGUGGCAUCGGCGGCGGCGGUGGAGCAUCUUCAUCGUCGCCGCCAGCACCACCCCUUCGGCUGCAAACAUCGCUUUCCUCACAAUCCUCGCAAGACGUUGUAGACGACCGGAAGGCGCUGCGGGACGCCCUCUACCAGGGGAUCUUCCAUCGGCACCGGCGAACGAUCUUCGCCGUUGGCAGCUUCCUGCGGAUGCUGAAAAGCCGCAGCUCGUCCUACAACACGAUCCGCAGCUCCUCGGAGGGCGAGGACGACACCCGAUAAGAUGACGAAGAAUGGCGAACGAGCCAGCCAAUUAAUCGUUAAACUUUACAUUAAAUACCGGACACACGUUACACACUUGUUAUCUGAACGAGAAUGGAAACAACCUAGUUUGUAAGGAAGAAAAUACACACUUAAACAUUAAAAGUGAACUAUUGUAUAAGACCAAAAAACAAACUCUGUUUCGUCGUCGGUGGACGCGCCUGGGUACAUAUUGAAUAUCGUUAUCGGAUGAGAAUGCAUACAGUAUAAGUGUUUUAUAUCGUUAAUCAGAUAAAUAGCAAGAAGAAAAACAAACAGAAUAAAAUCUCGUAGCAGUUGGGACAGAAAAAAGCCGAGGAUGAGAAUAACGAAGAAUAUAUGGUAUAUUAUCUGGACACAGGGUGCUGCAGGUCUCGAUUCUAUAAUCCUCAUAAGAAAUGUUCUUUGAUUUUAUUUUUAUUUAUUUGGCUCUGGAAUCAUUGUUAGAUACUCGAAGAAAAAUUCCGUCUUAGAGCACAUCGAUGUACCUACCUCCUCUAUUCGAAACACAAACAUGUCCUCGCUGUAUGUUUUGCUAGCAUUUUUCCAGGGAAUCGAAAUAGGGUGAAAUGCAUUUCAAUUGGACUACCUUACUGGAGUAAGGAGCAAAACUCUUCAUAAAUUCAACAAGCAAGGGAAAAAUUCCAUCACUCAUGCCUGAGCGAGUGGGCAGCAGAAUUCCAAACAGAGCCGAGUUGAAGAUGAAAAAAUAUGAAACCAGAAAAUAUCUGUAGGUGGAAAGUCAAUCGAUUGAUUCGCUUCGACUCUGUUCUUUUUACCUAUCAUCCAGCUCCCAUCCUUGAGGAUUGAGGACGUGCAGAAACGAGAUGCUGAAGCCUUAUCUCGUGUUUUUUCUCUAUUCUCGAGAGUCCCCAUGAGCAGGAAACGUAAUGAGAAUCCCAAGACGUAUGCUUUUGCAACCUGGAAAACAGGGGAACAUCAAAAAGCAUUAGAAAAUAGAAUUCAAUUUGUAGUUGAAUUGAUCAAAACACUUAACACAACGAGAUUAAAUUUAAAACCCAAAUGAAUUUUCAUGAAAAUUCAACAAGAAUCUUUAUUCAAUGAAUUAUGAACUUCCUCGCCUUAAAUCUGAAACGUGGAUCUCAAGAUUGAAAUCUGAAUAUGAAAUAUGAAUCUGAAAUCUGAAUCUGAAAUCUGAAUCUGAAAUCUGAAUCUGAAAUCUGAAUCUGAAAUCUGAAUCUGAAAUCUGAAUCUGAAAUCUGAAUCUGAAAUCUGAAUCUGAAAUCUGAAUCUGAAAUCUGAAUCUGAAAUCUGAAUCUGAAAUCUGAAUCUGAAAUCUGAAUCUGCAAUCUGAAUCUGAAAUCUGAAUCUGAAAUCUGAAUCUGAAAUCUGAAUCUGAAAUCUGAAUCUGAAAUCUGAAUCUGAAAUCUGAAUCUGAAUCUUAAAUCUGAAUCUGAAAUCUGAGUCUGAAAUCUGAAUCUGAAAUCUGAAUCUGAAUUCUGAAUCUGAAAUCUGAAUCUGAAAUCUGAAUCUGAAAUCUGAAUCUGAAAUCUGAAUCUGAAAUCUGAAUCUGAAAUCUGAAUCUGAAAUCUGAAUCUGAAAUCUGAAUCUGAAAUCUGAAUCUGAAAUCUGAAUCUGAAAUCUGAAUCUGAAAUCUGAAUCUGAAAUCUGAAUCUGAAAUCUGAAUCUGAAAUCUGAAUCUGAAAUCUGAAUCUGAAAUUUGAAUCUGAAAUCUGAAUCUGAAAUCUGAAUCUGAAAUCUGAAUCUGAAAUCUGAAUCUGAAAUCUGAAUCUGAAAUCUGAAUCUGAAAUCUGAAUCUGAAAUCUGAAUCUGAAAUCUGAAAUCUGAAUCUGAAAUCUGAAUCUGAAAUCUGAAUCUGCAAUCUGAAUCUGAAAUCUGAAUCUGAAAUCUGAAUCUGAAAUCUGAAUCUGAAAUCUGAA